AUUAGCCUCGGCGAUCACUCGAAAGAGGCGCCUUCGACUAGCCCCCGAGUUAUGAGGUUACGAUCGUUGACACGGACGCAGAUUGAUAUCGAAAUGAACCUUCGUGGUCCUUGCUAAUGAUGUUGUCGAAUACGAGAAAUCGUCGCCGAGUUCUUUCGUACGCGUUCGUCUCGUUGCAUUUACUCGCUAUUCGAGAUUCACCAAGCUACGUGAAAAAUCACACGCGUGCAUAUGAUUCAUAAAAUAUAUUGUACUAGGUUUGACCGUUUCAGGGUCACAUAUAGUAUCACGUGUACUUGGAGAUGUUAGAAGUUGGCUUGAGGGUAGUUCGUGGACAGGAUUGGAAGUGGGAUGACCAAGAUGGUGGAGAAGGUCAUGCAGGAACAGUCGUAGAAAUUGGCAAACCUCCCUCUUUUGGCAACUCUGCUUCCAGUCCAAAUCCAUCAGAUAGGACACCAGAUAAAACUGUCAUUGUUCAAUGGGACCAUGGAUCCAGAAGCAAUUAUAGAAUUGGAUACCAGGGAGCUUAUGACCUUUUGGUAUUCGAUAAUGCAGCCACAGGAGUUAAGCAUGCAAAUAUCAUAUGUGAUGGAUGUAAAAGACAUGGGAUAAUUGGUAUUAGAUGGAAAUGCAUGCAAUGUUGUGACUAUGAUUUAUGUACUCAGUGCUACAUGGCUGAAGUACAUGAUCUGAGCCAUUGUUUUGAAAGAUAUCAAACAGCCAACUCCGUGGGAGUUCAAUUGAAUCCCAGAGAAGGCUGCACCAAGAUUCCUUUAAAAGGAAUAUUUAUAGGGGCCAAAGUUAUUCGCGGUCCUGAUUGGGAAUGGGGAAAUCAAGAUGGAGGAAGAGGAAAAACUGGCAGAGUCAUGGAUAUACGUGGAUGGGAUAACGAAAGUAGUCGUUCAGUGGCCACUGUAUCAUGGUCUAAAGGCAGCACAAACGUUUACCGACUCGGGUACAAGGGUUGCGUAGAUUUAUGUUAUGUGGAGGAAGCUAUGGCUGGCACAUACUAUAAGGAGCACCUCCCACUCCUUGGACAACCGAUAAUGACUGUACCGGACAACGGAGCCAACGUAACCCCGACAAGGAAUGGUGUUCCUUUUGCUGUAUCUAGUCCACGCCACUCAACUUUCAACGUUGGGGACAAAAUAAAAGUAUUGGUUGCAGUAGAGACACUCAAAGAGAUGCAAGAAGGUCACGGUGGUUGGAAUCCACGCAUGGCCGAAUAUAUAGGAAAGAUUGGCAGAGUUCACCGUAUCACAGAUAAGGGAGAUAUACGUGUACAAUUUGAGGGGUGCAACAACAGAUGGACGUUUCACCCGGGCGCAUUAACAAAAGUCACCAGCAAAGACAGUUUUUCUUUAGGCGACAUAGUUAGAGUGAAAACCGACUUAUCCGCGGUUAAACUCUAUCAACGAGGUCAUGGAGAAUGGAUAGACGUGAUGAAAAAUGCUCUAGGAAAAACCGGAAAAGUAAUCAAAAUAUAUUCUGACGGAGAUUUAAGAGUAGCUUUAGAUGGUCAUACAUGGACGUUCAAUCCUUUAAGCGUCACAUCCGUUCCUCCUGGAACUGAAACUGUUGCUCUACAGGAUGAAGCAAAUAGAAGUCGAGAUUGGACAACUGAAGGUGUGGACACAGAGGUUGAAAAAUUAUUAAGAGAUGCAGCCAGAGGUGAGGCUGGAGUCUCUGCAGUUCAAGAAUUUCUCAAAAAGUAUCCUGGUAGAGUAGAUGCGAGAGCUGGCGGCCCAGGAGGUGGUAAAAAGACCUGUCUUCAAGUGGCGGCUCAUCAAGGACAAAAAGAUCUCUGUAUUCUUCUCCUGGAUGCUGGAGCUUCUUUACGAGCUGUAGACGAGGACGGAGACACGCCUCUUCACUAUGCUGCUUUUGGCAAUCAACCGGAAAUAAUGGAGCUACUUCUAUCACGUGGCGCAGCAAUUAACGCUGUGAACAAUGGGAAAUGUAGCGCGCUGCACGUUGCCGUGAACAAACAACACGCUCAGUGUGUUAAAGUAUUAUUACGUCACCAUUGCGACGUUAAUCUGCAAGACUCGUACGGAGACACAGCAUUGCACGAUGCCAUCGGGAAAGAUGCUCUGGAUAUAAUCGAUGCUCUUUGUUCGUGCGAUAGGGUGGAUUUCACCUUGAGAAACAAACGAGGCUUCAAUGUGUUACAUCAUGCUGCCUUGAAGGGUAAUGCUCAUGCAACAGAAAGAUUAGUGGCACGAGCAAGACAUCUUGUAGAUGUUAAAAAAGAAGAUGGUUUUGCGGCAUUGCAUCUUGCAGCUUUGAACGGCCAUAAAGACGUAGCCGCCAUGCUUCUUUCUCCGACUGGUGGAAAUGCGAAAGUAGAUUUGCGGAACAAUCGCCGACAGACCCCUUUGCAUCUUGCCACUUCGCAAGGACAUUGGGCUUUAGUGGAGUUUCUUGUACAUCAUAAUGCUGACAUUGCUAGCACGGAUGCAGAUGGAGAUACGGUGCUACAUAUUGCUAUAGUGAAGAGUCCCAAUCAGAGUAACGUGGUUCCUACGCCUGAAAGUUGUCGGGAUUCUCCCCUUAUCUACGCGAUAUGGCAAAAUUUGGCUCGCCAAGGCGCGAAGACAGAACUCACGUUAGCUUGUUUCCUAGUAAGUGUGGACAGGAGUUGUACACUACUGAAACAUGUGAAGAAUUCAAAGAACAAGACGCCAUUGGAUCUUCUCGAAGCUGAUUCCCAAUUAGCCCCGCAUACCGACUUGCUACGGUGUUACCAAUACCAAAGUCAGAGUACUCAAUUAGAAAUAGAAAAUAAUCCUGCUUCUCAGCCUUCCAUAUAUCAGAUAGACACAGCGUUACAAUCGGAAGUCGUGCGUGGAACGAGAAAAUGUAUUCCAGGUUCUGGUGACGCUUCUGAAUGUCACAGUUGCUUAGGUAUAGUGACAAACGCGAUGAAAGAUGGAAAUAGAUUUAAUCCGGGCAGCAGUGUUGUUAUCAAUUGUGCACAAUGUGGUCAUGGAAUUGCCAAAACGAAAGCUAAUCAAGAUGGUCAAGCAACGGGAGAUAUUCCUUUAACGAAACAGGAAGAGAAUGUGAAAGAUAAUGUAUUGGAUGAGAGGAAGAAGGAAGAGGAUCAUCAGGGUAAGGAAAGAGAGAAAGAUAAGGAUUUAGAACGUUUGCGUUAUUUGGAAACAAGAGUGGCCGAUCUGGAGGAAGCUAAUAUGUGUAGCAUUUGCAUGGAACGCCGUCGAAAUGUCGCCUUCUUAUGUGGUCAUGGGGCCUGCGAGCAUUGCGCUGCUCCUUUGAAAACCUGUCACAUGUGUCGCAAAGUUAUUACGAAAAAGAUUAAUUUGUAUUAG